AUGUCAGGCUCUCAGAUUACCACUAUUGGUCGCACAUGCUCACGUCGCCUCAAGCUGCGGGAGGACAUACUGAGCGGCACGGCAUCCAACCUCAUUAUCAAUGGUCCGGCGUCAGCUCUCCCGCAUGACAUUCUCCGUGCUUUCAAGGAGGGCAAAGUCGUCCACCCAGGUUUCUCAGUGAGACGAAUUACAGCUUUACCCAUUGGCGCCGUCCGGAGACCAUCAAUGUUCAAGUCAUUCCACAUCACUACGGACGACGCAAAGAUGGCAAAGGACAUGUGGGAAAUCUUGAACGCUCGGCCACUCUUUGUUGGCUGCACUGGCGUGCCUCCUCUAGUGCGCUCUGGACGACCAGACUAUGUCUUCAGCAGCGACGCUAACGAGGACGGCUCGUUUGUGACAUUUUGUGAUGUGUCGGCGAUGGAGUGGACCACUCAACUCCUCCGCAAGGCUAGGGCCCGUGAUACCUAUAGGACAAAGGACGACCCGAGACUCACCGCCGAGUGGGCCCUGCAACCAAGUAUGUCGGGACACCGGGUAGUCGUCCGUGGCCUGCCUGGAACACUCCAGGCCUACGAGGUUGUGCCGUUGGCCCAAGAUUCGGGCGGUGUCGACCCAAUUCGUCUGCCAACCGCCCCUUAUACACCCUCCAGCGCUUGGGCCAUCACCUUCAAAUCGGUGGCCGAGGCCUAUGCCUUCCAGCGUCGCACCCACUUGAGGCCAUUCGUCGGCUCCAACGGCAGAGACUACACGAUGCGCUCCCAGGUCAUGUGGUGA